CAGGGCUCGAGCUCGAGAGGAGUCACAGGGAAAAAGUGGUGAAGACAAAGGAGUUCGCGGUGUUUAGUCAAGUCGCGGUGCUUCUGUCCAGUUGCUGGGCCAGUUUGUAAGAGCGGGGUGUGACGGCAGCGCCAGGAAGCGACUCGGUUUCCACAGAUUGCUGAGCAUCAUAUCCUGACUGCGUCUGCUCCAGAGGCUAAUGGUCGGUGUCAGCAAACCCAGUGAUGGAAAGAACUGCAAAGCUCCAGGCUUUUGGGGACUGGAUGUAAUGAGCUGCCAUCGCCGGCACCCAGAGGAUGGACUAGGAAAGAAUGCUGACACAGCCAAGAUGCCUUUUUGAUUUAGGUGUUGUCGUUGAUUGUCAUUUGCCCAAGGAGGUGUUAGCAGAGUUUGGGGUUUGGCCGCUGUGCCCUCCCCUCGGCCGAUCAUUCUUCCCAUCAAUUAUUCAGAGGAAGCAGUUGUUUCUGUUUUAGUCACAGGUCUCAUUUACCUUGCAGCCGCCCCCCCCGCCUUCCACACAGUCUCACAGACUAGCCCCUCUCUUCCAAACGGCUGAGAGGUUGUCAUGGCGAUGGUUGUCAUGAUGCAGAUGUAGCAUUCUGAAGGUGGAAGUGGUGGAGGAGGGAGUCGGAGACCAGCAAUGGGGAGUGCACCAUGUCCAGCUGGGGAGUGGAAGGGCAAGGGAAGAGGUGGCCUCCAGGAUCUUGGUUGCAUGCCGUGGAAGGUCAGCAAGCAGAAAGGUGGAGAGGAGGAUUUGCGAGCCGAGGAGCAGAGGUGUCGUGAUCCCAGGGACUCUCAGCAGAUGCAGGAUCUCUCUUCCUCCUCGUCCUCCUUCACCCAACCAGCACCACUUCAACCCGCUUUGACACCACCGGCUAUUUAUCAUGAGAAGCAGCGGAGGGAACUGUGUGCCUUGCACGCCCUCAACAACGUCUUUCAGGAUGGCUCGGCCUUCAGUCGGGACACGCUACAGGAGAUCUACCAGAGGCUUUCUCCCAGCACACUGGUGACUCCUCACAAGAAGAGCAUGCUGGGAAAUGGAAACUAUGACGUUAAUGUCAUCAUGGCCGCGCUGCAGACGCGAGGGUUUGAGGCUGUUUGGUGGGAUAAAAGAAGGGAUGUUGGCAGCAUCGAGCUGUCCAACGUGACUGGCUUUAUUCUGAACGUGCCAUCCAACCUUCGCUGGGGCCCUCUGCGGCUGCCGCUCAAGCGCCAGCAUUGGAUUGGGGUACGAGAGGUGGGCGGGGUCUAUUAUAACCUGGACUCCAAAUUGCGAAGCCCUCAACAAAUCGGUUGUCCAGAUGAGCUCAGGAAGUUUCUCCGCCAGCAGCUUCGAGGCAAGAACUGUGAACUUCUGCUGGUGGUCUCAGAGGAAGUGGAAGCCCACCAUACGUGGCGCUCUGACAGCUAAAAGGUGCACCAAGCCAAUGGCAGAGCGACGAGGAGACAGAAUCCAGUCUUUUGGACGCUUGCUGAAGUAUUCCUUCUUGGGUUUUGUUUACACAACCUUUGCUGGACUUUCAGUAAUAAAAAAAAACAAAAAAACAACACGCUUUACAGGGAGAACCCAAAAAUCGCAGUCCUUUACCGUACCACGAUUAUAUAAAGAUAUCUAUAUAUAUAUAUACAUAUAGACUAUUUUUCAGUGUCAUUAAGAACUGUUUGAUUUUUCCAGCAACAGUUUCCAAAGUCAUGCAGGCUGUGUAUCAGUGAUGACUCACUGACGUGUCUUUAUCCUUCACUUUCACCAAAGCGUGCUCUUCUCCUUCAUCUCACUUGUCAAUCACAGUUCAAGGUUCGAGCCAGUUCCCAAAGUCUCCCCAGUGAACUGGACUCCUGUUUUGCAACAGUGCAAUGCAACAGCCAGCACUCCCUGUAGUAGACAACUUCAGUCAAGCUUCUGUUUUCUCCAGUGAUACUGUGCUACGUCCUCUCAUAAGAAGUUACACUGAAAAUAGAGGUCAAGUCCACAGCCAUGUGCUCCGUCACCUACAAGCUACAAACUCUAGGCAAGUACAUUUCUGUUUUGUUUACCAGAGAGCCUGAAGAGAUUCAUCACCCGGACCUGAAGCUCAGUUUUGUACACUGCAGCUAUUAAUCCUUGUAUGUUCUUCCUUGUUUUUUUUGUUUUGUUUUGCAACAACAAGUCUUUAAAGGCAAAAAUGACACUACCUAUUGUGCACUAAGUGGAAAAAGCAAAGUAAGCAGUUGCUUGAAAACACGUCUGUCUUCACGCCAAACCCCAUACAAUUAACUUAGCAGCACAUGCCUCGGCAGGAAGAGAGCACAUGGUGCAACCUCAUCUGAACACAGGUUGUUUGAUGAGAGAACAAAAUCACCAAGGUACAAAUAGCGUUUUUCCUUAGGAGAUGUAGGAGGAUUCAUUUUAUUCCAGUUAAAGCCACACUCACAUUUAAAACUGGAAGUGAAGGUCAAACCAUUUUGGGUGGAAGUUAUCGGGUGAAAAGUGGAAAAUGACUCGAAGAACCCUUUUCAGAUGGAGGUUCUUGACUGACUUAAGAUUUUGCCAAUGUAGCCGAAGCGUCCUGUUUACCUGACUAGUACUAUAAUGACUAUAAACAGGUCUGUUGUUUGUCCCGGAGCUAUGGCCUUAUUGCACAUUGAACGAGUGAGCCAGUAGCCUUACAGCGUUUUCUAAGCUCCUGAAACUAUUUUGUACUUCAUUCAGCCUCUGGUUAUACAAUGCUUUAUGAAUAUUCUAAACCAAAUAUGGGAAAAUGCUAGCAGCGUCUUUUUUGAGUGUAAAAUCUGAACUCUGACACUAUCACCUUGUUGUGAGCUCACGUGAGUCCAUGGUGGUCUUUCGAGGUUCAGAUAGGUGGGGUUUAGUUCAAGUUGUCACAGCGGCGAUUAAAGGCUCCAGAACAACCGUAUGGUAUUGUGAGUGCUGGAAACCACAGAUGAUGCUGUGCUGAAGGAAGUUUUCAGGAGGUGGAGUUGAGGGGAAUUUACAGCCUGUUGAGCUAAGGAAAGAAGUCAUGUUUGCCUCGACGUGUUUCGCUUGUUGUUGAAUGACGAGCCAGUUUUUGGGAUUUGCUGAAAAACACUUUUAUAUUUGUCAUUCUAAUGACAACCAGCCUUAACUUGUGUACAUUGGGUGUUCAUUUUGUGGACUAAGCACUAAGUAACAAGCAAUCAGCUGAUGUUUUUCCUCUUCUCUGCAGCCCAGGACUUUAUUACAAAAAGGUUUUCUACUAUCAAAACCCUUUGGAGAGUAAAACAUGCAUCUGUGUUCUAUCGAAGUGAAGAGGCAGGGAAAUUGUCGGUUCGCUCUUUGUGUCCAAUCAGAUCGUCACUCGUGUCCGUGUUUCCUGUUUUGCCAUGGCAAUCCAUUCAGUCCUUCCGAAAUACGGGAAUAUUUUGUUUUUUUAUUAUUAUUUUUGCAUAGAAAUAAAAUACUUGUAAUGGCACUGUCCGUAUUAUGGUCUG